UCAUAGAGAAAUUUAUACAAACGGCACUGACAAAGAUUUAAAUAAGCGGAGACGUUGGCACGUUCACUGACAGGAAGAGGCCAGACUGCAGUUUUCAGAUCCCUGUAAAUGUAUCUACAUAUUUAAUGUUAUCGUAAAAUCAAAUACUGAGAGGGUUUGGGGGGCCAGGAUGUGCUGCUGCUAGAACUUUCAUGAAAGAGCUAAUGGGUUUUCCAUGGAGCAGACAAGCCAGCCCCACUGACUCUCUGAAUUUCUGGACACAGAGCCUGCGGGCAGAGCACAACGGUUCGUGUUUUGUGUCCCUAAUUUGGGGGGUUCGUUUCACAGCAGAGGAGAACGGAAAUGUCCCUCAUUCACAAAGGACUCGGGCACCCUCGCACGACCUCCUUCCCCUUCUGGAUCCUUCCACCCCUUGGGUGACUGCAGUAUUCACACGAAUGGCCUUCCCGCACACGAGACUGCCCGCUCCCUGACCUCCUCUCCCACGGUGCUGGCCUCAGCUCGGCCCUUAGCGGCCCCCGUCAGUUUACAGAAAGGCGGGGUUUCUGGGGGACGCCAACGGCCACCUGUGAGGGUUUGGGAUAAGGGAGCAACGGAGGCCCGUCUACCCCGCCAAAGAUCCCAUGACCGCCGCCUGGGGUUGUCAACUGGCAGCACUCUGAGCAGAGCUGCAGGUCACAAAGUCACCAUGCCAACCUUGCUGUCCAUCACGACGACCGGACACUCUGCGUCCGCGGAUGUCGUGGGGCCUCGGCCCAGACCCGCUUCGCCUCCUCGGAGCGGAGGAGGGACUAGGUGGAGUUCACGCGCGCCGCCCUGGGCACAGGGCGGGAGGGGCCGAGCCCUGAGCACAGGUGGAGGCGGCGGAGGCAGAGGCAGAGACCUGAGGUGGCCUGGAGUGGGGCCUGAGGUGGCUGGGGUCGUCGGUGCUAAUCCCACCCCAGCACCCAGAGAGACGGGGCCUCGGGAGCGGCCUUGAAAAUGGGGAGCAGGGGUCCCCGGGUGCCAGGCCCCGUUCUCUUCCUGCUGCUGCUGCUGCUGCCGCCACCUCCACUGCAGAGCACAGAGAGCUUCCCGUCCCGCGUCCCAGGCAACAGAGACUUCCACCGAAAGGCAGGGCGCCGGAGGAGGGAUGUGAACGAGUGGAAAACCUGCAAUGGCGUCUUCGACAUCUACUUCAUUUUGGACGCGUCGGACAUUGUGAAAGAUAAUUGGGAGGAUAUUCACAAAUUUGUGAAUGAAACGGCCAAGAAGUACAAAAACCCAAAACUGCGGAUGUCGUUCAUCACCUACUCCACAGAGGGCCACACCCUCAUGAACCUCACCUCAGACAGAAAUGAGAUACAUGAUGGUCUUGACCGACUUCAGAAUGUGGUGCCCUCAGGAGACAGAAACCUGCAAGAGGGGUUUAAAAAGGCCAAUGAGCAGAUCCAACAAGUGCACUCCAAAGACCAGAAAGCUGCUAGCCUGAUUAUUGCUCUGACUGCUGGACCACUGCAGCAGAAGACGGUUCAGGAUGCUAAGAACGAAGCUAAGAAGGCUCAGAAAAUGGGGACUUUGAUUUAUGGUGUGGGUGUGAAAGACUAUGAGGCGUCCCAGCUGAGUAAUGUUGCAGGAUCAAAGAAUCAAAUCUAUGAGGCGCGAAAAGGAUUCAAGUCCCUGAGAGACAUUAUUGGCUGGCUCGUGGUAAAUUCCUGUGCAGAAGUUAUUCCCGGGGGCUCUUACUAUGUCUGUGUAGGAGAAUCCUACGAAGUGACGUUUCAUUUGUCAAGCUCAGCUGACAUUAACAAGGAUGAAGUUAUUUGCAGAUACAAGUUGGGAUACUCUGAGCCCUUCUAUAAGAAUGCCACCUCUGUGCAACGAGGCUCGGUAGUUUGCCCUGGACACGUAUUUAAGCGUGGUGGACAGGAGGUCAGCAUUCAAAGCAGCCAGGACAAUGGCACUUUCUACGAGAAACCAAUGACACUCGUCAGCAUCACUUGUCCAGAUGCCACGACAGUACCAAAGGAAACCUCAAUACCCACGACUGCCACACAGAAGGCCACAGUGCUCACCACUGUCACACAGAAGAAAACCACAGUGACCACGACUGUAACACAGGAGGCCCCGGUGCCCACGGUUGUCACACAGAAAGAGACCUCAGUGCCCACGACUGUCACACAGAAGGCGACCCCGGUGCCCAUGACUGUCACACAGAAGGCGACCCCGGUGCCCACGACUGUCACACAGAAGGAGACCUCGGUGCCCACGGUGGCCCCACCCGGCCUGAGCCCCGACAACCCUCUCUUCUUCCCUGUGCUCGUCCCAGCCGUGCUCAUCAUCCCUGUGCUGAUAUGCUGCAUCUGGUACUGCAGGAGAACCGUCAAGGAGCCACCACCAGCGCAGAAAGCAGAAAAGGAGCCAGAGACAUGCCCCACAGUGAUUGUCCCUUGGUGUGAGUGCCAACAAGACAGGAUAAGACGGAUGGAGGGUAAACUGGAUACCUUGUGCAACUUUGUUCAAAGCUGCAACCAGGUGCCGUUGAUGUGGAGAGACAAGGGGAGAUGCAUCAACUUCACCCUAGUGAAGCCACCCUGCGUGCAGAUGCCCUGCGGCUCAAAUAUCUGCCUUCGACCCAGCCAGGAGAGCUUCCCCCUCAACAGCUGCUGCUCACGGGGUCAACCCCUGCGAGCCAUCUGCUCCCGGCCUGCCUCCAGGAUGCUGCCGCUCAUCCCCCCCCAUGCCCAGGCACUCUGCAGAACUACUUUGUCACUCCCACCCCCAUAGUUUGAGCUCUAAAGCACCAGAAACCCAAGAUUGUUAAGAACCCCUUGUGUACUGAAUUGUACAUAUAUAUUGAGUCUUGGUUUACAGUCAAAAAGAAUUGGAAUUUGUUGCUGAUCAGCAAGAGAGUUUGGUACCAGGUGAGUGUUGCCUCAUGGUAUGAGUUAUAUCAAUACUGCUUCUGCAGGGACAAAGCACCCUAGUGUCCUGUGGAUGCAGACAUGGAUGCGUCCCACUCCUCAUAGCCUGGUCUUCAUCUCUCACCAAGGGCUGGGCCACGUGGGGUUUUAGCAAAAUUCUGCUCUUGGAAAAAGCUCACAACAUCUUUGAAAUAUGACUCCAAUCUUGUAUGUAUCACCCAGUGGCUGUCCCUUAUUCUCUUGGGCAAGUUAUUAACCUUCCUGUGCUUCAGUUUCCUCACUGAAAGGAGGAAAGCAGGGAGCAUAACCAGAAAAUCCAGGAAGGUGCAUAGCCCAUCCUACUGCCCCACUUGCAGUGGCACCAAGCAGAGACUGCAGCCAGCAAAUCUUCCUGUGUGCAUAACUGAGCUGGUGGCCUUGUCUGACCAGAGAACUUGGUAGAGUUGUGCUUGAUUCAGGUCCCUAGCCAAUGAACCAUGCUGGCCUUGGGGUGUGUUCUGUCAUUCUCCCUAGGCGGGGGAAUGGGUACAUGGCCCCAUUUACUACUGAGUAGAGCACUAGGAGGCCUGACCAGAGAAUCUAGGCAAGUAUGUAGCUCAUCCUACAGCCACACUUGAGCAUGAAAGAAAGACAGCUGUGCUAUCUAUAUGUUCCCAGCCACUGGCACCCUGCUGACUUCAGAGUUUAAGCAAUGGCCUCACCCAAAUAGAGACCCCAAUAGCAAGCCCCACUUACCCAACCAUGCUCCCUGCUGACCUCUCCAGUACCCUAACCAAGCUAACUAGUGAAGGCUCUGUCUUAACUAGUGACAGACUGUCUCUGUCAAAGCACACUUGUAAAGUAGGGAAGAGGAGACGACUUACUCAGAUGUGCACCUACCAACACAAUGAAUCAGGGAUCAUGAUGAAUCAGGGAAACAUGACACAGCCAAAGAAAACUACUAAAGCACCAAUAACUGACUUUAAAGAAAUGGAGAUCUAUGAACUUCCUGAUAAAAAAAUUCAGAAUAAUCCUUGUUAAGCAGUUUAGUGAACUACAAGAACAGACAGAAAAGUAAGCAAAAUUAAGAAAGCAAUGCAUGAACAAAAUGACAAGAACAAAAACCAUAAACCAUCCAAAGAGCAUGUUGAAAACUAGAGCUGAAGAGUACAAUGACUUUACUAUAGAAAACAAUAGCAAGAGCAAACUCAAUCAAGCAGAAGAAAGAACCAGUGAACUAAAAGAUAGGUCACUUGAAAUUAUCUGAGGAGUAAAAGGAAAAAAGAAUUAAAGAGAGCGAAGAAAGACUGUGAAUUAUGGGACAUCAUCAGCCGAACCAAUAUAUGAAUUAGCAGAAUCCUAGAAUGAGAAGAGAGAGAGAAAGGGAAAGUAUUUUAAAACAAUAAGAGUUGAAAAAUUACCAAGCAUGCAGGGAGAAAUGGACAUCCAGAUUCAUAGGGCCAAAGGAAAACAAAUAUGUUGAAUCUGAAAGGGCUGUACUGGGACACAUUAUAAGUAAAUUGUCAAAAACCAAAGAAAGAGAAAAUUUAGAAAGCAGCAAGAGAAAAGUGAGUUGUCGCAUGCAGGGAAGCCCCAUAAGACUUAGGCUGGAUUUCUGAACAGAAACUUUGCAGGCCAGGAGAGAGAGGGAUAAUAUAUUCAAAUAUUGAAAUAAAAAACUAACAACCAAUAAUACUACACCCAGAAAAGCUGUUCUUCAGAGAUGAAGAAGAGAUAACAACAUUCCCAGCAAACAGAGGAUGGAGUUCAUAACCAGUAGACCUGUCUCACAAGAAAUGCUAAAGCAUACUCAACAGCUGGAAAUAAAGGAUAAUUAACAUCAUGAAAACAUAUUAACAUAUUUCUAAAACUCACCAGCAAUCAGAAAUAUAUUGCCAAAGACAGAUCUCUACUACUGUCAUGUUGGUGUGUAAUUCACAUAGAACACCUGUAUAAAAGUUUUAAAAACUGC